AUCUUCUGCCGGCAUGCAAUGGAGAAAUAACAACUAUGUCUUUCCUACAAGACGUUGUGGACAUUUUACUUCAGUAUGUGGUGAAAAGUUUUGAUAGAUCGACAAAAGUUAUUGAUUUCCAUUACCCAAAUGAGCUGCUCCAGGAAUAUAACUGGGAACUGGCAGACCAGCCACAGACCUUGGAAGAAAUUUUAUUGAACUGCAGAACGACUCUGAAGUAUGCAAUUAAAACAGGGCACCCUAGAUAUUUUAAUCAACUUUCAACUGGAUUGGACAUGGUUGGAUUGGCAGCAGACUGGCUGACAUCAGCAGCAAAUACUAAUAUGUUCACCUAUGAAAUUGCUCCAGUGUUUGUACUUUUGGAAUAUGUCACACUAAGGAAAAUGAGAGAGAUGGUUGGCUGGCCAGGGGGCUGUGGCGAUGGGAUAUUUUCACCUGGUGGUGCCAUAUCUAACAUGUAUGCUAUGUUGAUUGCACGUUUCAAGAUGUUCCCAGAAGUUAAAGAAAAAGGAAUGGCAGCUAUUCCCAGACUGGUUGCCUUCACGUCAGAACAUAGUCACUUUUCUGUGAAGAAAGGAGCUGCAGCCUUGGGUAUUGGUACAGAUAGUGUGGUUCUGAUUAGAUGUGAUGAAAGAGGGAAAAUGAUCCCAUCAGACCUUGAAAGAAGAAUUCUCGAAGCCAAACAAAAA